UCCUUUCCUCAGAUGCAGUCAUGGUAAAAAUGCUUGCUGUAAUGGUGUUGUUUCUAUUUGCACUGAAAUCUGCUACAACAAUCAGAUUAGAUGGAAAUGGGUACACAGAUAUUCUGGUUGUCAUUAACCCUGCUGUACCAGAGAAUGAAGAACUUCUAAAUCAAAUCAAGAAAAUGAUUACCAGUGGAUCAGAAUAUUUGUUUGAAGCUUUAGACCAUAAGGUGUUUUUCAAGGAAGUGAAAAUACUGGUACCACCAACCUGGACAUCAGGAAAGUAUGAGAAAGCAACAACAGAAACUUACAAAAAGGGCAAAAUAAGAAUAGACGAAUCAUCUUUACAAUAUGGUAAUGAGCCAUAUACUCAUCAACCAGAAGGAUGUGGACGUGAGGGUGAAUACAUUCAUUUAACCCCAGAUUUCUUGUUAAACAACCAUAUUUCUGAACCAUAUGGACCUAGAGAAAGGGUUUUUGUGCAUGAAUGGGCUCACCUCCGAUGGGGAGUAUUUGAUGAAUAUAAUAAGAAAGAGAAAUAUUACAUUUCUGCUAAUCGGUUUCUACCAACAAGUUGCACUAACAAUCUUUCUGGACAGUGGAAAAAAAUUAUUAAUCAAUCAACUUCUGUACCUUGCGAGUUGGAUGCAUCUGGCGCACUCACACCCGACUGUGAAUUCCUCCCAGAUGCGAUGCAAACUACAAAAUCCUCAAUAAUGUUCAUGCCUAGCAUACAUUCUGUAAAAGCUUUUUGUCAAGAGGAGGAACAUAACUUAGAAGCCCCCAAUGAGCAGAAUAAACAGUGUGGAAAAGCAACACGUACAGUAAUAUUUGAGGACUCGGUAGACAAGGAUGCUCUUCACAAUCUAAAGCCACUGCCAUCUGAUCCAACACCUCCUACAUUCAAAGUCAUACAGAGGGGACCUCGAGUCGUCUGUCUCAUCCUUGAUGUUUUUAUUUUAUUUUAG